UUAUCGAUAUGUCUUAUAGCACACAUCUCUAUUGAAAACAGCUGCAUCAGACAUUGACUGUAUAUCCACACUUUUGUGUAUUUCAACUUUCAUAUAAAGAGGAGAAAAUAUUAAAAAAUGACCGACUGGGUUAAAAUUGCUGAAGACCAAGAGGUACCGAAAUUGAAAAUUGAUUUAAAUGCAGAUGUACCGGCUACGACAACAACAGGCAAUAAGGACAAUGAAGCCGAUGUUGCUGACCCAGCGGAAACGAGUCUACUUAUAAAGAUAUUGGGCAAGGGAUUGGUUAACACCAAGCAGUCGUUGGAUAUUCAACAAAAAAAUCCCAAUUCACCAUUGCAUUCUGUGAAAACAUUUGAGGCACUACAUCUCAAACCCGAACUACUGAAGGGUAUUUACGCCAUGGGCUUCAAUACGCCAUCGAAAAUUCAAGAAACCGCAUUGCCAACUCUGCUUGCCGAUCCACCGCAAAAUAUGAUAGCUCAAAGUCAAUCAGGCACUGGAAAAACCGCUGCAUUCGUCUUGGCAAUGCUCAGCCGCGUAAACGUUGCUCUGGACCAUCCUCAAGUUCUAUGCCUAUCGCCCACAUACGAACUUGCAAUUCAAACUGGAGAAGUUGCGGCACGUAUGGGUCAAUUUUGUCCCGAAAUUAAACUGAGAUUCGCAGUUCGUGGCGAAGAAGUUGAUAGGAACUCAAAGAUUACGGAACAUAUUUUAAUUGGCACGCCCGGUAAAAUGUUAGACUGGGGUCUCAAGAUGCGUCUGUUCGAUAUGAAAAAGAUACGAGUAUUCGUAUUAGACGAAGCAGAUGUUAUGAUUGCAACGCAAGGCCAUCACGAUCAAUGCAUUCGAAUUCAUAAAAUGCUCAAUUCGCAAUGCCAAAUGUUAUUCUUCUCGGCGACGUACGACAAGGAAGUUAUGGAUUUUGCACGCUUGAUUGUAUCGGAGCCAACAAUAAUUCGAUUGAUGCGCGAAGAAGAAUCUCUGGACAAUAUUAAGCAAUAUUAUGUUAAUUGCAAAAACGAAGAAGGCAAAUACAAUGCAAUUCAAAACAUUUAUGGUUGCAUCAGCAUAGGCCAAGCUAUCAUAUUUUGUCACACGCGCAAAACAGCUGCCUGGCUGGCAGCUAAAAUGACGGCUGAUGCACAUUCAGUUGCAGUUCUUUCUGGUGACUUGACCGUGGAACAGAGACUUGCUGUUUUGGACCGAUUUAGGUCUGGCCAGGAGAAGGUACUCAUUACUACGAAUGUUCUUUCGCGCGGCAUUGACAUCGAACAGGUGACAAUCGUUGUUAACUUCGAUCUGCCUGUUGAUCUUCGUGGCAAUGCCGAUUGUGAAACCUAUUUACAUCGAAUUGGUCGCACUGGUCGAUUCGGCAAGUCUGGCAUUGCUAUAAAUCUGAUCGAUGGGGAGAAAAGUAUGUCUGUCUGCCGUGCUAUCGAGAAACACUUUCAAAAAGAUAUCAUUUAUUUGAACACCGAUAAUGCAGAUGAUAUUGAAAAGAUUGGUAAUUAAAUCAUUGCAAUCAUUCCCCUCAUUUAGCAUUAAGCCAGCAACGUAUGUGAAACUUCUCUUGAAAUAAAAAUUAUCUCUGAAUAAUACAUUCAAGGCAUAUACAUUUUCAAACAUUUUUUAUCUACAUAUUCGAAAUAAAAA